AUAUUUGAAGUAGGGGAACAUUGUGCUUUAGUGUUACCAAUGCCAAUUUAGGGCUUGUAUUUCUGGUAAUCGACCGACGGUCUUACCUUUUCGAACAUCAAUGGAAAACCCUAAGAGCCCAAUGACGACCAACGAUCCCGGAGAGCCGAAAAAGCCCAGGUCACGCUUCUGCACCCUGUUGCACCAUGAUGUUGUCGAUCCCAAAGAGUUCAUGGUGCACUUCGCCAAGCGCAGGAAGAAUGAAAUCAUAAUCGAGGGCCAGGUCUGCGGUUGGUGCUACAACAUAGAUUACUUAAACGACGAAAAUACAAAGUAUAAGAAGAAGCGCCCCAAACUUCCGGAUGGGAAGGUCACCAAACGAGGAAAAACCUCACCACGAGGAGGAGCAAUUGCUGACAUCCCUCGUCAUUUCAAUUCGAGUGCUGCGUCAUCGCGUGGUGUUAAGACCUCGCGAAAGAGAACUGCGUCCUCGGGUGACGAUAAGACCUCCCGAAAGAGAACUCCGUCCUCGGGUGACGAGAAACCCAAAUCACAUGAUUUGGAGGAUAAACCUGGUGACCUCGCCUAAGGUCCGAUACUGAAGUGGCCAUAAUGCGAUUCCAAUAACAUGUUUUCAUUGAUUGUAUUCCAAUAAAUGACCUUGAAAUCUCAUCCAAUAAAUUUCAGUAGUAACUAA